AUGUCGGAGAAUAAGGUGCAUUUUCGGCACAUUUUGUUUUAUUACUUCAAGAAAGGCAAGCGAGCUGCGGAGGCCCACCGAAAGAUAUGCGGCGUAUACGGGGACGAUGCCUUAACAGAACGUGCCGUUCAGAAAUGGUUUGCCAAAUUUCGUUCCGGAGAUACGAGUCUUGAAGAUGGACCCCGCAGCGGUCGGCCUACCGAAGUUGAUUCGAAUGAUAUCAAGGCACUGGUUGAGCAAGACCGGACGCUAAAGGUGCGAGAGAUUGCGGAGACACUUAAAAUAGGUUAUGGAACCGUACAAAGGCAUUUGCAACAGCUUGGCUACGUGUCCCGCCUCGAUGUUUGGGUGCCGCACAAGCUGACCGAGGAGAAUCUGGCCAACCGCAUAUCCAUCUGCAAUUCACUUCUGAAGCGGCACGAAAGCGACCCGUUUCUCAAACGAAUAGUGACUGGCGACGAAAAGUGGAUUAUCUACGACACAUAG